CGGGCGAAAUCAUUUAACGAAAAAGUAUGGGGCAUCAUGGACAUUGGGCUACUAUUAAAGAUACUCAGCUAGCUACUAUCUAAUUUCAGCAGUGCGCGUGCUCAACACUUGGCUUUGUUUUUUCACCCUUUUUUUAAUUGUGUUUGGCCGGUAGCUAGCGGUACUGCUACUCGCAUGGGUUCUAUUUACUGUAGCCGGUUAUGUCGGUGAGGUGUGUUUCCAUGAGGCAGUGGAGAAGUUGAUACUUUAUUUCGGACUGAGUGAGAGAGAGGGACCAAGCAAACGCAAUGGCGGGGGUAUUCGACAUUGAUUUGGAUCAGGCGGACGAAAAUGUGUCUGAUGACGAACUCGGGGAUGGGACCCAAAUGAGCGAAUGCACGGAGCAAUGCAGCGGGUUCGAAUUUAACAUGGACGACUGUGAAAAGUUUGAAAUCUCUGAAGACAGCGUCAACAAAGGAACGGAGCAGAUUCGUCCGGAAUGCUUUGAGUUACUCCGGGUUUUAGGAAAAGGAGGCUAUGGAAAGGUUUUUCAAGUUCGUAAGGUGUCGGGUGCCACUUCGGGAAAGAUUUUCGCCAUGAAGGUCUUGAAGAAGGCGAUGAUAGUGCGUAACGCUAAGGACACGGCACACACCAAGGCAGAGAGGAACAUCCUGGAGGAGGUGAAGCACCCAUUCAUAGUGGACCUCAUCUAUGCCUUCCAGACAGGGGGCAAGCUGUACCUCAUCCUGGAGUACCUAAGUGGUGGGGAGCUGUUUAUGCAAUUGGAGAGAGAGGGGAUCCUUGUGGAGGACAAAGCAUGCUUCUAUCUGGCAGAGAUUUCAAUGGCUCUGGGACACCUGCAUCAGAAAGGCAUCAUCUACAGAGACCUGAAGCCAGAAAACAUCAUGCUCAACAACAACGGUCACAUCAAGCUCACAGACUUUGGACUAUGUAAAGAAUCAAUCCACGACGGCACAGUUACUCACACUUUCUGUGGCACCAUAGAAUACAUGGCCCCAGAGAUCCUGAUGAGGAGUGGACACAACCGGGCUGUAGACUGGUGGAGCCUGGGAGCUCUCAUGUAUGACAUGCUGACAGGAGCACCACCAUUCACUGGUGAAAACAGGAAGAAGACCAUUGACAAAAUCUUAAAGUGUAAAUUGAACUUGCCACCUUACCUCACACAAGAAGCCAGGGACCUUCUCAAAAAGCUACUAAAACGCAACGCCUCAUUACGGCUGGGGGCGGGCCCAGGAGACGCCUCAGAAAUUCAGUCCCACCCAUUCUUCAGGCAUAUUAAAUGGGACGAACUUCUCGCUCGCAAAGUGGAGCCUCCAUUCAAGCCUGUUCUGCAAUCAGCCGAUGACGUGAGCCAGUUUGACUCCAAGUUCACCAGCCAGACUCCUGUUGACAGCCCUGACGACUCCACGCUCAGUGAAAGUGCCAAUCAAGUCUUCCUGGGCUUUACGUAUGUAGCCCCCUCUGUGCUUGAAAACGUCAAGGAGAAAUUCCCCUUUGAGCAAAAAGUCCGCUCACCAAGAAGGUUUCUGGGAAGCCCAAGAACACCAGUGAGUCCAGUGAAGUUUGCUGGGGGGGACUGCUGGCCCCGGGCCCCCACCCAGGCUAGAGUCUCGUCCCUGCUGUCCCCUGGGGGCUCUGGGUCUGGAGACCAGCCCAUGGAGGUUGGUGUGGAGCAGAUGGACGUGAGCUCCAAAGCUACUGAGGUGUCUGCUCCCUUGCCCAUCAAAAAGCCCUCUGGCAACACCACCACAGGCGGCCCCUUCAAGAAGCAGGCCUACCCCCUGAUGUCCAAACGUCCAGAGCACCUCCGGAUGAAUCUAUGACGCUCAGCUCCAUCUAGAACUCCUCUUUUCUAAUUCCUCCUCCCCUGUUUUUUCUUUUUUUUCUUUUAUAAGCCUUAAAGAAAUGACUGACGGAGCGCUGAUCAUCGGCACCAAUCACCAGCUCCUCCAGACACACCUUCCAUCUCUGCCUCCCUCUCUCUCCUCUCUUUCCCUUUUUGAGCAGCUUGGGAGCCACAUGGGGCUUUCUACCCUAGCAGAUAUGAAUAAACUAUAGCAGUCUCCUGUUAGGGGCGACGAGGGAGAGAACUCCCUCCCACCAAUUAGAGCUUUAGUCAGACAACGAAAGGUCUUGACUACUUCCUAAUGCCCAGUAGGGUGUAGAUGCAGGAAGAGACGAGAGCAGUGCUGCUGCCUGAUUCUUGUGUGCUCCACUGGGAUAGCUUCUCAUAUGAUAUACUGGUGCUUUGUACUUUGUGUGAGUGGGGACAGACAGUGUUACUCAUGCAGCAAUGAUUUUCCUCACCAGGAGUGAGACGUUAUUGAUUUCUGAAGCCGUGUAAUAUAGACUUUUGAAGGCUGAAAGGGUGGAGAGGAUUUCCCCCUUAAAUGCCUUUGCUUCCUUUUUACAGGAUACAGUAUAGAUGGAGAAAAUUAUAAUGAACACAGAACACAAUGUUCUCAUGCUAUAGUAUAUUAGGCUGCAUUGUUCCAUUUAAAAAAAAGAUGGAAUCCACAAUGCCUUUCUUUCUGCUUUGUCACAUCCAGUCAGGAUAAAUCCUGUUGAACACAGCUGGGUCACGGCUGGGUUGUGUUCAGUAGGUAGAACACGUAUUGAAACUGAAUUAAACAGGAAGGUGCUAUCUGAACUCGUCCAAUGAACAGAUUUCUGUGAGCCUUACUGAACAUGACCCUGGUGUGGUGUCAUUGAUGGAGGUGCAGCUAAAAGCAAACAGAAAAACAAGGUGUAUGCUAUUUCAGCUGAAUGCAACACCACCUGCACCAUCUAUCUGACUGGAUUUCUCGGUAGAUACAAAACCUUUCUGUCUGUCUCUGCAUGUAGUACAUUGAAUGUAAACUGACUCGAAAUGCCUUUUCGAGUGUCACUUACUCAGAUGACCCACAUGAGUUCUCUUCACGGUUAAGAUGCAUGCAGGUUUAUUAUAAUAUUAUGGACCUAUUCUUUUUGGGCGUCCAGGAAAUGUGUCAUUGUCAGAUAUAAACCGAGGGCUCAUCUUUUGAAUUGAAAGAAGCAAAGCAUCAAGGCCAAAUUCUCAUCAUCACUGCCUUUUGUGUUUAGCUUAUCACCAGGUUACAUUUGUCUAAUGCACCUGGCUAGGUGCUUCACGGAUGCUUCCCUCAGUCUUUUGAACCCUUGGUGAUAUCAGUAGGGCUGUACCGCUAUGCUGGUUCCAUUUGAAAUAUGUGGUGACUUGAAGGUGUUGUAUGUAUGUAUGUAUGUGGUCUUUAACUGUGCGCCUCUGGAGAAAAGCCAUUUGAUCCUCUUCCCCAAACAUGAAACUUAGUCAAAUGAAUAAUAAUCCAACUAUAAGGUUCCAUCUAGCUGAAGGCAGUGUUCACACGACCAAGAGAAUGGUCAUACUUAACCAAAUGUGUCUGUUAUUUGAUAAAUGUGAAAAUGUUAACAUUUUACUUUUUUAAAACAUACUUUUAAAAACUCAGUCAAUAAGCAAACAGUUGUACUAUUCUGUUCCGUUUUGAACCAGGCAGUUUAUUUGGGUUGUUCGCUAGAAGUGCUCCUGAGUGGCGCAGCGGUCUAAGACACUGCAUCUCAGUGCUUGAGUGCUGCAUCUGUGCUUGAGGCGUCACUACAGACACCCAGGUUCGA